UAGAUGGGAAAGAGACCAGACAAGGAGAAGGAGAGGGCUUUGGUGUUUCUGGAGGAGUAGACUCACUGACGGAUGUUGGCUGGAUACCUCUUUAACAGUACAUGGUACAGGCAGGACCAAGAGACGCAGGCUGGUAGCGAUGAGUUCGUUCAGAAAAGCUUUCCGAAAUACAACCCCAAUGUGAAGAUGAGACCAUGGUUCCAGUAUUAACCUCAAAGAAAGCCAGUGAACUACCGGUGAACGAAGUAACUUGUAUCCUGCAGGCUGACCUGCAGUACGGCCUGACCAACAGUGAGGUGACCCGUCGCCGUGCCUACCAUGGCUGGAAUGAGUUCGACAUCAAUGAGGAGGAGCCUCUCUGGAAGAAGUACAUCUCCCAAUUUAAAGAUCCACUCAUCAUGCUGCUACUCACCUCCGCUGUCCUCAGUGUGCUCAUGCGGCAGUUUGAUGACGCCAUCAGCAUCACAGUGGCCAUUCUAAUAGUUGUUACAGUUGCCUUUGUCCAGGAAUACCGCUCUGAAAAGUCCCUCGAGGAGCUGGGGAAACUUGUGCCUCCAGAAUGCCAUUGUGUGCGGGAAGGAAACCUGGAGCACAUGUUGGCUCGGGAACUUGUCCCUGGAGACACAGUAUGUCUCUCUGUUGGGGAGAGAGUCCCGGCUGAUCUGCGGCUCUUUGAGGCAACUGACCUAUCAGUGGACGAGUCCAGUCUGACUGGAGAGACCACGCCCUGUUCCAAGUCCACGUCCCACCAGCCCACCAACAGUGACAUCACUUCCCGAAGUAACGUGGCCUUCAUGGGCACCCUGGUGCGGUGUGGCAAAGCAAAGGGCAUCGUCAUAGGAACAGGAGAGAAUUCUGAAUUUGGAGAGGUUUUUAAAAUGAUGCAAGCUGAGGAGGCCCCCAAAACACCUUUACAAAAAAGCAUGGACCUGCUUGGAAAACAGCUCUCACUUUAUUCCUUUGGAAUAAUAGGGGUGAUCAUGCUGGUUGGUUGGCUCCAGGGGAAACACUUGUUGGACAUGUUCACCAUUGGUGUCAGCCUGGCCGUGGCAGCCAUCCCGGAGGGUCUGCCCAUCGUGGUGACGGUCACCUUGGCCUUGGGUGUCAUGAGGAUGGUGAAGAAGAGGGCCAUUAUCAAGAAGCUGCCCAUCGUGGAGACACUCGGCUGCUGCAAUGUCAUCUGCUCAGACAAGACUGGGACUCUGACCAAGAAUGAGAUGACCGUUACUCACCUGUUCACCUCUGAUGGACUACAUGUUGAGGUGACUGGGGUGGGUUACAAUGGAUCAGGGGCGGUGCUACUACAUGGGGAGGAGGUCCACGGCUUCUCCAACUCCUCCGUCAGCAAGAUUGUGGAGGCUGGUUGCAUAUGCAACGAUGCUGUCAUCAGGAACAACACCCUAAUGGGACGUCCCACAGAAGGAGCCCUCAUCGCCCUGGCGAUGAAGAUGGGUCUGGAGGGGCUGCAGCAGGAGUAUGUGCGUCUGGAAGAACACCCUUUCAGCUCGGAGCAGAAGUGGAUGGCCGUACGCUCUGUCCACUGCACUCAGCAGGAUAAGCCGGGUGUGUAUUACAUGAAAGGGGCUUAUGAGCAGGUCAUCCGCUACUGCAGCUUUUACCACAGCAAAGGUGCAACACUGCCGCUCAACCACCAGCAGAGGGAGUUCUACCAGCAGCAGAUCAGCUACAUGGGCUCUGGGGGACUAAGAGUCCUGGCGUUUGCAUCUGGCUCAGAGAUGGGCAGCCUGACCUUCCUGGGCCUGGUGGGCAUCAUUGACCCACCCAGGUCAGGGGUCAAGGAGGCUGUGGGCAUUCUCAUCAGCUCAGGAGUGGCAGUCAAGAUGAUCACUGGCGACUCCCAGGAGACGGCCGUGGCCAUAGCGGGCCGCCUGGGCAUCUAUACUAAGGGCUCCAAGUCUUUAUCUGGGGAGGAGGUGGACCAGAUGGAUCUACAACAGCUGUCUCAGAUAGUGCCCAGGAUAGGGGUGUUCUAUCGGGCCAGCCCCAGGCACAAACUGAAGAUAGUCAAGUCUCUCCAGAACAUUGGCGCGGUGGUGGCCAUGACCGGGGACGGUGUGAACGAUGCCGUGGCACUGAAAGCAGCAGACAUCGGCGUGGCCAUGGGCCAGACCGGCACAGACGUCUGUAAGGAAGCGGCAGACAUGAUCCUGGUAGACGACGACUUCCAGACCAUCCUGUCGGCCAUAGAGGAAGGGAAAGGCAUUUACAACAACAUCAAAAACUUUGUCUGCUUCCAGCUAAGCACGAGCAUCGCGGCUCUCACCCUGAUCUCCCUGGCAACACUGAUGAACUUCCCCAACCCUCUGAACGCCAUGCAGAUCCUGUGGAUCAACAUCAUCAUGGAUGGACCUCCAGCUCAGAGUUUGGGAGUGGAGCCCGUGGACAAGGAUGUGAUCAGGAAGCCUCCAAGGAACGUGCGGGACAGUAUUCUGACACGCAGUCUGCUCGUCAAGGUGUUGGUGUCGGCACUCAUCAUUGUUUGCGGCACCCUGUUUGUCUUCUGGAGAGAGCUUCGGGACAACCUAAUCACUCCCAGAGACACUACCAUGACCUUCACCUGCUUCGUGUUCUUUGACAUGUUCAACGCGCUCAGCUCCCGCUCACAGACCCGUAUGGUCCAUGAGAUGGGCAUGUUCAGUAACAAGAUGUUCUGCUAUGCGGUGCUUGGCUCCAUCAUGGGCCAGAUGGCGGUCAUCUACUUCCCCCCACUGCAGAGUGUCUUCCAGACAGAGAGCCUCAGCUUAUUUGACCUCCUGUUCCUGGUGGGCCUCACGUCCUCAGUCUGCGUGGUCUCGGAGGCCAUAAAGUGGGUCGAGCGGUGGAGAGGAGCUAGGGAGAAGAGGACCACAGUCACCGAAGACUCCUUCCAGGAUGUAUGACGCACAUUGCGUUACGUGUAACAGGAGUCGAUGGGGGGAGGGGAGG